AUGGCGUUCCUACCCGAGAGUCCUCGGUGGCUUGUCAGCAAGGGCCUGCACGAUCAGGCAUUGGCUGUUUUGAAUCUCACCAACGGAGGAUCCGCAAAUCCACAGAUUGCCGAGCUCGUCGAGACCCAGUUCCGCGAGAUCUGCGACACGCUGGAGUACGAACAAACGCCCGAAGCAAAAAUGUCGCUCAGACAGAUCAUGCACAACAAAGGGGCGAAAAAGCAACUGAUCGUCACGUGCUCUUGCGCCUUCAUGUCCUACCUAGGGGGCAACCUCAUCGUCUCUUACUACCUUGGGCAGAUGCUCUACAAUGCCGGCAUCACAGACUCCACAACUCAGCUGCAGAUUAAUAUUGUCCUCAGCGCUUGGUGUCUUGUCGUCUCGUUGGUCGGAGUAGCCAUCACUGACAAGCUCGGCAUGAAGUUUUCAGUUCUGAUGAGCACGGGUCUGUCAGGCGCUGCCUUAUUCAUUGUUGGGGCGUUGACAAAACUUUACGGCACAUCGACAUAUUCCCCGGGAGUGUAUGCUACGGUGGCCAUGAUAUUCAUCUUCAUGGGAACGUACAGUGUGGGCUGGACUCCGGUUUUGUACCUGGUCCCUGCCCAAGUGCUGAGUUUCCGAAUGCGUGCUGUUGGUCUAAGUCUGUUCCAACUGAUUGGAUGUUCGACUGGGCUCUGGGCAGUGUUUGCUUUCCCAAUUGCUCUCGACAGUAUUGGCUGGAAAACUUACAUGAUUAAUGGCUCAUGGAAUCUCGUCAUGUUUUCUUUCAUUGCCUGGUACUGGGUCGAGAUCAAGAACAAAACAUUGGAGGAGAUUGACGAACUUUUUGACGGAGUUAAGCAUUCCAACGUGGCUGAUGUUAAUGCCGUGGAAAAUGAGGUAAUCCACGACCAUACUAAUGAGAAAUCCUCAAGGAGUGUGUCUGCUAGCAGUAAGGAAAUAAGUCUAUAA